CUCGCUUGCAGUUGCAAGGAUCGUAUUACUGGCUGGUCUCCCCGCACCGCUGAGCCCACCGCCUCUGCACCAAUCACAGCCUGUCUUUUCUCACGAACACAUGCAUGCACGAUCGCACAGACUCUGACACACACACACACACGCACACACGCACACGCACGCACUCAAGGCGACACAUCGCUCCGGUUCUCCGCUGCCUUCACAUGCGUCUGCACCGACUCCGCGUUGCGCUGGCUGCGCCAAGAUGAGCGUGGUCGCCCCGGUACCAUCUGAACGGUACCAUCCCGUCGCCUGACUGAGUCAGAGUCAGAGAGAGAGAGAGAGAGAGAGAGAGAGAGAGAGAGAGUGAGAGAAACACAGAGAGAGAGUGAGAGAGACCAUCUUUCCUCCCUCAAAACCCAUCUUACCUUCGCCUGGAAGAGACCGCAGCGCCAGCUUGUUUCGGCAUCUUUCUUUUUCACCCCUCCUCCUCCUGUUCUUUCUGCAUCCCUUCGUUAUUGUCGGUCUCCCGGUUUAAAGGAGAAACCGGAGAGCCCCAUCGCAAUUUUGUGGAAAUACAUUUUUGUAUUUUUUUCCCUGCUGGGUGUUGGUAGCGCGCAGUUGGUGCGCGCUUCUGCAAAUUCCGGUGAAUGGUGGAUUUGGCAAACAUGGAGACCGUGGAGAAGGAAUGCGGGGCCCUCGGGGGUCUGUUCCAGGCGAUUGUCAACGACAUGAAGUGUUCCUAUCCUGUGUGGGAGGACUUCAGUGCCAAGGCCACCAAGCUGCAUUCCCAGCUCCGAACCACUGUCCUGGCUGCUGUGGCCUUCCUCGAUGCCUUUCAGAAGGUGGCGGACAUGGCUACUAACACCAGAGGGGCAACUAGAGAUAUCGGUUCAGCUCUGACCAGGAUGUGCAUGAGACAUCGCAGCAUUGAGGCCAAACUUCGCCAGUUCACCAAUGCUUUGAUGGAGAGUCUGAUCACUCCUCUCCAGGACAAGAUUGAAGACUGGAAGAAGACAGCCAACCAGCUGGAUAAGGAUCAUGCCAAAGAGUACAAGAGGUCACGCCAUGAGAUCAAGAAGAAGUCAUCUGACACCAUGAAGCUGCAGAAGAAGGCUCGUAAAGAGAUCCAGGGACGAGGGGACCUGCAGCCCCAGCUCGACAGCGCCAUGCAGGAUGUGACCGACAUGUGCCUGUUGAUGGAGGAAACAGAGAAGCAGGCAGUGCGCCGUGCCCUGGUGGAGGAGAGAGGUCGCUUCUGCACCUUCAUUGGUUUCCUUCAGCCGGUUGUGAAUGGAGAGAUUGCCAUGCUGGGCGAGAUCACCCACCUCCAGGCCAUCAUUGAUGACCUCACUGUGCUGACAACUGAUCCUCACAAACUGCCCCCUGCUAGUGAACAGGUGAUUAAGGAUCUGAAGGGCUCAGAUUACAGCUGGUCCUAUCAGACCCCUCCAUCAUCCCCCAGCAGCUCUGGCUCUCGUAAGAGCAGCAUGUGCAGCAGUGUGAACAGCGCCCACAGUAGUGCCUCCCGCUCGUCAGGGGGAGGUGGUAGUAUUGGUAUUGGUGGCGGCGGUGGAGGCUCGCAGCCUCACUCACCCACCUCCUCCUCCUAUCACUACCGCAGCAGCCUGCCACACCAGCCUCCACCACCGGGGGGCAUCGCUGCUCACCGCCUCAGCAGCGUCUCCUCCCACGAUUCAGGCUUCGUGUCCCAGGAUGCUAACAUCUACUCCAAGCCUCCCUCACCUAUGCCCUCAGACAUCACAAGUCAGAAAUCAUCCAGCUCAGCAUCAUCAGAGGCCUCAGAAACAUGCCAGUCAGUCAGUGAAUGCAGUUCUCCCACCACUUUUGGCUCGUCCUUCGCUACCUUCCGCCCCGCUCUUUCUCACUCUGGCUCCACCAGGCCUCUCUCUGUCAUUCUUCCUGUACCUGCGUCCCCACCCUAUAAACGCCCCUCUGGAUCCAGCUCCUCCUCUCCCACAUCAAAGGUUCCUAUGUGGAAGGAUUGGUCCAAAGCAGGUCAGUAUGAGCAGCCCGUCGCUGCAGCGGCAGUCCAAAGGAGAAAGGAACCUCUUGACAGGCUGAGGGAGAGCGAAGCAUCCCCAGGCUCCCAAGGCUAUGCUGGGCCAUCACACCCUGAUGAUGGCCAGAGAAACAGGAUGACACCAGCUACUAUCGCUGCCAAGUCUGUGUGUCUACAGCAUGGAGAGGAGGUCUCCCCAGCAGCCAGUGACCUGGCCAUGGUCCUGACCAGGGGACUGAGUAUGGAGCAGCAGAAAAGCAGCAGAGACUCCCUGCAGUACUCCAGUGGAUAUAGCACAGAGACCACAACCCCAUCCUGUUCUGAGGACACGAUUCCUUCACAAGGUUCAGAUUAUGACUGCUACUCAGUGAAUGGUGAUGCUGAAGGUCCAGAUGGACAAACAGAGUUUGACAAGUCCUCCACAAUUCCUCGCCACUCUAACAUCGCCCAGAACUACAGGCGUAUGAUCCAGACCAAGAGGCCAGCCAGCACAGCCGGACUGCCCAGUGGGGUUCUUGGUCCAGGGGCUCAUGGGAUACCAGGACAACCUGGCGGAUCUGGUGGGGGUGGAUCAGGGACACCAGGCACUGCCACCAUCCGUCGGACGCCGUCUACAAAACCAGGAGUAAGACGCACAUUGUCCAAUGCAGGGCCCAUCCCCAUCCGACCACCCAUUGUGCCUGUGAAGACACCCACUGUUCCUGGAGACUCCCACUCUCCUGGGUAUGCUGGUGGAGGACAUGGAGGGGGCGUGCCUGUCCGCGUGGGCAGCGAGGAAUGCGUGUUCUUCGCUGGAGUCGAGGAUGCACAGGGAGCGCUUGAUUUUGUGAAGGCAUCACCAAAGCGCCUCAGUCUGCCUAACACCGCCUGGGGAUCAGGGGCUGCAUUAGAGGUCUAUGCCCAGCAGCACGGGGGCCUAGCAAUGGGAACAGGCUCAGGAGCUGGAUCAGAGGAGGAUCAGAUGAUCGCAGCCAAUCGACACAGUCUAGUGGAGAAGAUAGGCGAGUUAGUAGCCAGUGCACAUGCCCUGGGAGAGGGGCAGUUUCCUUUCCCUGCCCUCCCAGAUGACCCAGCCCCGCCACCAACUGGCCCCACUGACUCUCAGACAGGGACAGAGGGGGCAGAGGGGUCUGGUGACAUGCUGACCACCAUCAGGAGAGGAGUCCGCCUCCGCAAAACUGUCUCGAAUGACCGUUCAGCUCCACGCAUAUUGUGAAUGGGGAAAAAGCAGAAAGAGGAUGAUGCUUGUCAACCAAUAGGGAGUCAGGUGUUGGUGUGGUGCAACCCAACCGCCUAGUACAUACACAAAAACUUAACCAUGUAGGGAAAGCUAUAAUAUAACAGAAGAUGAAUGAAAACAAAAACAUACACAAAAAAAGAUGUUUAAAGACACCAUUAGAGUAAAUGAUAUAUAAUAUAAUGAUAAUAAUAACAUUAAUAAUGUUAACCCAUGCUGACAAUAAAAAGUUAAAUACUGAAUAUUGACAGGCUCCUAGCAGGCCACUAUAACUAGUGUGUGUUGGACGCAUGUUUGUCUUCUAUACACCCUCACCCAGGGAUGGAAAGACUUGUGGGAAAAACAGAUAAUAUAAAAAAGAGGCAAAGAAAGAGAGAAACACUGGGUUCUGUUCUGUUUGCCAACAUACACCCUUCCCUAUCCUCUUCUCCAACUCACUCGACUGUCUGAUCCCAGAUGAAAGACUGAUUCCGAAGGAGGGGCUGGUGGGGGCAAAAGAGAGAGGGGGGUCAGAAUGCCAUGUGACCAGCUGGAUUUGAACCCAGGCUGCCUUAGCAGCCAUACACUGUACUUAUUAGCCCACUGAACUGAAGUUUUGGUAUUAGCACGGGGAGCUAACAAGCCAGAGGGCAUCUCUGGUUCAUCCUCAUGUAAAAGAGUCUUUAAAAAAAAUACUGUUGGCAUUGAGCCGUGCUAGUGUCCCCUUCCCCUCUCUCUCUCUCUGCAUAGCGUGUGCGUGCAUUCAUGUGUAUGCAUGUGGGCAAAUGUAAAAUGUGAGCGUGUGGGUACAUGUGAUUGAUUGUGUGUAUGUGUGCGAGGGGGGUGGGUAGAGCUCUGCUGCAGGACAGCUGGUUACCCAAUGAGGGCAGGGCUUUUCUGCUGUGUGUUGUGUGUGUAUUUUCUUGUUUAUAUUGUGACGUCAUUUACCUUGUUACCACUGUACGAGAAGUUACGAGACGUAAUCCAGGCGUAUAGAUAUAUUCAUAUAUAUUUUCUAGAACCAGAGAGAAAAUGUAAAAUCAGAAAUGGAGCAAUAAAUGUGUUUUAUUUUCUUGUUUCGAAGAAGCGGAUUGAUGGAGGAUUGUAGGUUCUCCCUUGUUUCAUUCAGGCAAUCAUCAGGAAUGCUAAAUUACACAUCGACUGUGAAUUCAUGCCUAGCCGGUUUCGGCGUGUGUCUCUCUCUGUCCCUGUCUCUUUCUGGUGAAUGGAUUACAAAAAUUUAAAAAAUAAGAAGGAAAACUGUAAGCACUUUGAUAGGGGGUAGAGUAUGUACAAUAGCCAGUAGAUGUUGCUGUAGUCAUACUGUAUGAUAAGGAGAGUGAAAGUGAGAGAGAUGGCUGCCUAAGACUGUGUCCUGUGGAAAUGAUUUCAUUUGUGAAAGAGGAAGACGCUGGGGAGGGACUAAGAGGAAGUGAUAAAGGCUGUUUGAACUGUAGUAAAGGGUCAAAUGAGAGGUGGAAUUUGAAAGUAGAGCAAAAAUAUUUAUCUGAAAAUGAGUUAGGUGUCAAGGCUUACAAGCCGUGGCCUGCUGUGGAUUGUGAAUAGCGCUAAAGCUUUUUAUGAUGUGUUUGCACUGAAGGACUGAACACAUAAUGCAAAAAUACCCCAUACCAAUGGGUCAGACUAUUUUUUUGAUGCAUGCUUCAAAGGGUGGCUUACUCAAAUGACAAAUGAAAUACAUUUUUCACCAGUCAUGCAAAUACUUUUAGUUUUAUUUGUCCAACCUAAAAUAUCUGCCUCUGAGAUUUUUGCCUCAACGUCACGACAAUGGAGGUAAAUGUAAUAGACCUUCAAAAACUGCUGAGCACAUUCUAUGGGUGGCAGAGAGUAAUAGGAACGCUGUUAAAGCCGAGACACAUUACUAGUGGAUUCCAGAAUUUCAUUUUUCAAUACUGUGAUUGCAACAAAUGGAAUUCUAUUCAGCUCUGCUGCAUUGGGCUGGAGGCAGAAAUGUCAGAACCUACAAAAAAAAUACCACCAAAACUUUUAAAAUAGCUCUAGAGGUACAGUGAGUUAUAAAAUCUGUUCAGUUGUUAUUUGGUCUUAUGAUACUUACAUUUGAGUGGGAUUUAUGUGCUUUUCAACAAUGAAUGCUGUGGGACAAUAUUUUCCAAUGCCCCAAAUUCUGUUUAAUACUCUGGAGUCUUCAUGUUCAUUUGCAAAGAGAAGCAGACCAGCCUAUCUGAAAAUAUAAUCUUACCUUUAAAUUCUGUACAGUUUUGCAUUACAGGCAAGCAAAUUGGAGAAGAAUCAAUGUCAUUUGUUCCAUAUUAACUCUUUUUACACAUUAGUUUUCAUCAUCAUACUAAAACAGCACAGACAGAAAACAUAUACAACACAUGGAGAGAACAGUGUUGGGCAGAAACACAUUGCUGAGUAAUAAGAAUAAGGGAUUGCAGUUUCAACGUUUACAUUGCGGUUACUGAUCAACAAUUUGGAAGUCAACAUGUUUGCAGUCUUAGCAGAGGUUGGAUGGGGGCUUGACAUCAAUGUCCUGUCUACAAGUUAGAGGACAGACAAUGGUGGGACGAUUUAAGUUGCUGCGGAGUGGAUAGUCUGCACUUUAUGGUAUCUCCAAAGUUGUCUUACUUCCUUUUCUUAUCUCCCAGCUAGCUUCUGGAAGCUUUGCCUUUGUCCAAGCCUUCAGUGUACAGAUGUGAGGUGUUGCUGUGGAACCUUUGAAGUUAUUGAAAGGCACCUUUGAGCCAGAUUAUGUACAACACAGACUGUAACAAGCGAUGUAACUACUGCUGAGUAAUCUGUAAUGAAUAACUUACUGUAGAUUCCAAGUCAUUUGCCCAACACUGCUUAUAAAUGAGCUGUGUCACAUAAAAAAAAUAAGACCAGCAUUUGAUCCAGUCACAGAAAAUGAAUGUAUAUACAGUGACCGGGUUCUUUUAUUUUAUAGUGUAAACACAACAUUGCUGCCUAAACAAUAAAAUAUCACCAGACCACCGCGGUAUAGUUCGGCUCAGUUCAGUGCAAAUAACCCAGUUCAGCGCAGGACACAGCAUAGGCUGUAUGAAAGGAUUAUUUAUGAACACUAAGAUGUGAGGAAAGGUGAGGCCGGUUUGAUGUGCUCACUGAUGACAAUGCAAGAGAUAUUGAAUCAGACUUCAGAAGUUGGCAGAGAGAGGAAAUGAGGUGUGGAAUAAGCAUUUCACUGCCUGUUCAUACUAUGUACUGUAUGUGCUGUACUUGUAAAAGAGAAUCAGGCGCACAGAUUUGGUAUAAAGGUUUGUUAGAAAAUAUUACAUGGAAUAUUCAGUUUGUUUUUUCCCCUUCUACAGUACUGUUUGAAUAUUUAGUCUUACUUUUAAUUACUGUAAAAAGAACAAAAAAAAAAUAAUCCAGUUGUAACACAAAUUACUAAGCUGUGUAACAUAUGGAUAUAGGAUGUGUGAGCCGAGAGUGAGUGUGUCUUUGUUUGGCUGUUGAUCUGUAGGCUAGUGAACUCUUCAUCAACAUGUCUGUACGCUCUUCUAGCAGUGACUUGAACAUAGCCAGUGACAUCAGCUCUCUUACAUGCUCUUUUUGUCAACUUAUUUAUUUUUUUUGCCUUGAAUAGAGCAUUGUUUUAGACACAUUUUGGCUGUUUAAGGAGAACAUUAGGAUGAUUUAAGUGAAAGAGAUAGAGAGGAGAAUUUUUGCAAUUUAUUUUUAACAAUGUCACCCUCUGUGAGCACAAUUUUUUUGUUGAAAUAUUGCUUCAGCAAGGGGCUGUAUUAUGUUUGUUUGUCUAGGGGGAUACUACUGUAUGUGUGUUGCUACAUGCUGCUGUGUGCUGAAUCUGACUGGAUGAGAGGGUGGAAGAGGAGAGCAGUGGGCUUGGACUUCAGUCCCCCCCAAAAAACAUAUUUUGGGUGAGAAAAUGCUCACCUGAAAAGUUUGUCUAGGACCACCUGUCAAGGUCACACUGUUCAUAAAUCUACAUGCAUAUGCUGAAUGUACUACAAGGUGAAGGUGGGCAUCCAACUGUACAUGUUUGAUUUGCUUGAACUGUUGCAAUGUCAGAACUUUGUUCUUGUACACCUGAAUGAAGUUUCCCGUUUAAACUGUCAGAAAGCAAUACUGGGGUAGUGUGCAUGUAUGUACAUUCUUAAUGAUGUUCCAUUGUGGGUAUUAUAAAGGAAAAUACCACUGUUUUGUCUGCUGUUGGAUGCUUGAGUUCUCCAUCUAGAAGCUAGUCCACAUUUCACAGCUCUGAUGGUACCAUUUGGAGUUUUAGAGAUCUGUAUAGCUAGAGCUGAUGCCACUCGUCUGAAUGUGCAUGUGCUGCAUUUUAUUGACUGAAGAGCAAAUUAAAACAAUUGAAUUCACUGCCAGUUAUUUACAGUAAGUGAAUGCUUGAAUUAGGUUUUUUUUUAAAGCCCUGCAGAACAGACACUGCUGCUUAAUUCCAGAUGAUGGAUAACAACUCAGGACUAGACAAUGAUUCUAAAGUUGUAGGCUUUUCACGUUGAGUGACAUCAAGUUAGUCUACACAAUCUUAACUGCACAUGUCCUGUCAUGCAAGAGGAUGAAUGGCUAUAGGAAGAGUGUGACACUAUUUUCCUUUAAAAUACCCAGUUAACAGCACAAAAAAUCUAACCAAUGUUUUUUUUUAACAUGCUGAAUUAACUGUGUACUGAACUAACUGUCUGAACAAGCUGAAAUAACAACUCUGCUACAGUGUCAAUAUGUACCAUUUUAUGAGUGUAUGUGUUUAAAAGUAGGCCUGCCAGCUAGUGGGGGCAGCUGGCUUCUGUAGUAACGUACACAGGCACAUAGACAGAUUUACAUGCACAUUCACAUGGGAUACACACAAAGCAACCCCUUCUUCCUCAACUGCAAAGUUCUCACUAAGGCUUGGAGUGGAUAACACGUUGUAGAAAGUGGUAUUAUGACAAUAAUUUUAUAAUUUGGUCUAAUCAAAGAGUGAAAAACUGAGCUUUCAGUGACAUUACUGCAUUUUUUUUUUUUACUGUUAGAUAUCUUGUUGCCAAACAAGGGUGGUGUGUGAUCCAGACAUCUUCAUUAAUACACAAAUGGAACAUAGCACAUUUUUUUCAUGGAGCUAUUUAUCUAUCUGACUAUUAUGAGCUUGCACAGACUUUCAAAUUUUAGAGGAAUAGUUUGAAAUUUUGGGAGAUACUCUUGUUCAUGUUCUACCUGAGACUUAGAUGAGGAUAUUGACGUGACUCACAAAUCUGUACGUUAAGUGUGAAGCCACAGCCAGCAGCUGGUUAGCUUAGCUUUGUAUAAAACUUGUAAAAGGCAAAGGGAAAUCUAAACUUUAGACCUCUUAAGUUCAAUGACACCUUUCACUUUGUUUGUCUUUGUUGGAUUUUGUGGAAAUUAAAGUGUAAAAAUUACAAGCAGUGGUGUAAAGCUGGGGGUGGGGUGCACUGUCAGAAAGUGACAAGAAUCUUUAAAAAAAAACAUUUUCCAAAACCUUGAGCUAUUCCUUUAAUUUUGACUUAAUUAUAACUGCAAAAGGACUGAGAUGUGAACACUCAAAAGCACCACUGUGUGAACAGCUUGGAGGUAUAUGAAAACUGCCAGUUUAACAGCUAUGUAAUUCGCCUUUCAACACUCUUUGACCAGUUGGCAAAAUGAAUUUAAAUGUUGCCCUAAUCCACAUGUUUUUGUUUGUUUGUUUUUUACACCUCUAUGUCCCUCUCAUUUUCGAUUAUCUCCUUCUUUCUUUGCUUACGUUGCCCCUCAGCCUCCAUCCGCUUCCACUGAUCAUACACCCAGGGGUACUGUGCAGCUGACAAAAAAUAAAACAAUGCUUGUCAUGGUGGGAGUACCAUUGGCUGGUCUCUCUCUCUGUGCCUCGCAGCCCAUCAAAGCUAAUGAAAAAUAAUUCUGAUGAAGUCUUUCUUUUCACCACAGUCAUCAGUGAACACACACUUAGCUCUGUGUAUGAUUCGACUCCUCUUCAUUCUCUUCCCUCCCUACUCUCUGUGUGUCAGUAAGCUGUGUGUCAGUGUGCAUGAGUGAAACAGUCCAAAUGUGUGUGUGGUAAUGGCUAAUGGGCGGUAUCACUUUGGGUCCUGGGUGGGUUGUUCAAAGCAUUGGGACAGUUAGCUGGGGUAAACUUCUCCCCUCGCGUACGCAGUAGCUGAUUUCAAAGGUAGCAGAUGGAUGCCUAACGCUUCAUCUGAAUGCUAGAUUACAUUUUAAUUAAUUUUGAUCAGAUUUUUAAGACAUCUUUAUGGCAUCAUCUCAAAGGCUGCCUGCAUUACUUUGAUGGUUUAUCAGUGAACUGUCAAAGAAGCCUACAAUGUCUAAGUAUCAGUGGGCCUUUUUUUCUUUGCCUCUGCAACAAACCUGCUGAUCUGUAGGAUCUUUAGAAAACUGUAUGUAAAUGAUAAAGAAGCACUGGCAUCUACAUUAGAGUCCAUAAUAUAUAGCAAUGAUUGAUAAUCACCUUAAAGUUUUUUGGUGAUUCUGAAAUUAUGUGAGGUAGUGAGUCAAAAUUCCAAUUUGAAAUCUAUAAGUCCAGGGUUCUUUAUUUUGUCCUCAGAGAGAUAUUUCUGACUAUCUGAAAAUGUAAUCUAAAAAAAAUAUCCCAGGGCUUAAUGUGGUUACAGCUGCUGCCAAUAACACAUAUUCAUCUCUCUGUAAAACCAGAACAUGCAAGACUGCAAUGGCAAAAUCCUCUGCAAGGCUUUGUUUUGUUGCCCAUGAAUUCAACAUUUCAGUUCAAGAGGAAAAAAUCUUAGUCUUUCAAAAGUUACAAAGCUUCAUUUGAAGCACAUAACUAAAACAGGCUCAGAAUGUCAAGACUUUAGUUUUCAGCAUAGGAAGUAAUCAGUAAUCAGCUACUCUCCAGUGACUGCUUGAUAUACUCCCUCUGUAGCUUUUUAAAUCAAUGUUGUAAAGACUGAAGAAGAAGCAGCAGUCAAUUGACUGCCAUUUUAUUGUUUCCAGCUGCAGCAUGAAGGAAUUAAAAGUAGGAUAUGAAAGGACAUCUGACUGCCUUUUAAACAUGGAUGAAACAUUCAGUUAUGGAGAAUUUCAUUUAGCCAGUAAACUUCUUGACUAAAUAGACAUCAGUUUUCCUGAUUACUGAAAUGUAUAGGAGGUUGGAAGACUCCCACUACUGCGAGCUUUUCCUUGCAGCAUGAAUACACCAUAUAGAAACGUAUGUGGACAUUUUGUGUACAACCCUUGUGCUUGUGUGGUGGAAGUCUCCCCUAUAAAUUUGGUACAUUCAAUAUACACACACACACACAUAUAUAUAUAUAUAUAUAUAUAUAUAUAUAUAUACAUACACAUACGCACCACAAACUUUCAAUUGUCCUAAGUAAGACUUUUGAAUGUCGGCUUUUUAAAGUUAUCAAAAUUAAUCCAGGGAAAAUUAAAGUGCUGGCCAUUGAAGGACAGGUUGUUUUGUAUUUAUGAUCAGACCAAAAGAAGCAUCAUGCAUUUGCUGCUUAUACAACCCACUCUUUUAGCCAUCUGCCCAAGUUAUAUUGAAUUUUGUCCUUGUGUGUGUGUAUUUGUGUGAGCAUGUGUGCACAAAGACACGUGGCUAAGACCCCUACUGUUCCUCCUCCCUCCUCCCACACACAAUCUGUCAAUCCUUCCUGCUGUCUAAUACUGAAGGAAUCCACUACACAUUCACAAUGCACACACACACACGUCCACACGCUCAUCCAAAGCUAAUAUGACCAAGGUAGAUUCUCCGAAGCCACAUGAGAGUUCACUGAUGUAACACAUUGCAACUUCCUGUCAUACAACCAUGCUGAACAGAGUGGCCGAAGUGGCCUCCUGGUGCCACUGUCACUGAAACUAAAUUGAAUGUCUUACUGUCUGUACUCCACUUCUUGGUAUUGCUCGAUUGCUCUCAUCUUCUUUCUCGACAGCCAGCAUCUGAACUCCACAAUGAAAUCGCUUCAAAACUUACCACAGAGGCAUUUUCUAUGGGGCUAUUAUGUUCACAGAAUAACAUUGUGACAGAGUCAACACUUGUUUCAUCUCUCUGUACAAACUGUACAAUCUUCUGCUUCUCUCUUCCCUCCUGAGUAGUCCUGCAGGCUCUGUGGUCUUGUCUUUCUCUCUUCUUUCUCUCCCCCACUUAUGCUCUUUAAUUUAUUGUGAAUGGAUUUCCAAGGUUGUUUUGCCUUUGUCGCUGAAGGUAAAGUUUUCUUUUCUGUCUUCCUUUUUGUAAGAUUGAUCCUUUUUUGUUAAGUUUAGUCACUGCUAAUGUAACAAAACGCACUGUGAUGAUUCCAGUAUUAAUAAAAGUUGUACUUAAACUGUG